UGUGCGGUUGGCUCGGCGCGCGGGGAGCGGUGGUGUUACGGUGUUUGUACAACUUGUUUAAACACAACUGACGACACUUAUUAUUCGUUUUGAACAGUCUGCUGUUUUGCUAAAGGUUGAGUCACACGUUUGCUUCAGUAAAGAUUCUAAAUUCGCAACACAGAUUUUUUUUCCGAAUUGUGUAAACACACGAGUUUUAAGUUUUUCACAUCAUGUCUUGUGCUGAAAUUGAAGACCAGCAUACUUUUGCAGAUAUUAGCUCCCUAGUGCUGCGCUUAGCUCUGCAGCUGCAGGAUGUCACCCUGAAAAAGGAUGAGGUUGAUCUCCAGAUUCAAAUUUUCCAGGAAAUUGUGGCUAAGAAGAAGAGUGAAAUUGAAAACACCAGAAAAAGUAUUGAGAACCUGGAGAAGGACCUGUCUGACAGACAGAAGCUAUUGAUGCAUUACAAAGACAGCAUGAGAAGUCUGAGGGAGACAAACCGCCUUCUACUCCAGUAUGAGGAAAUGCUGCAACAGGAGCUUCGCAGAACACAGGAGUCCUGCAACCAGGACACGAAAAUGUAUGAGGAGAGAACUGAAAACUACAGAAAGGUGUUUGAGGAACAUAAGGAGCAGUACUGUCAGAGUCCUCUUGCACAGAAACUCAUCAAAAUACAGCAGGAGAAAGCAGAGAUUGAACAGAGGAUCUUGGCUUGUGAAGACAAAAUCAUUUCCAAAGGAAAGGAACUGCAGGCCCUACAAGGCCCUGGCCCUCAGUCACCCUUCAGCGAAAAUGUGCCUACCAGUGAGCAGCAGAACCCUGCAGCACUGCAACAUCCGACAGCUGAGGAGAGUGCUCCAGGGGGGAGCAUCAUGGCGGAAGGUGAGGUGGGGAUAAGGAGUAAAGGAGAGGAAGUGAGGAAUGUUGAAGUGAGUCUUUGUGCUGAAGAGGAUCAACAUAAAGACACAGAGAAUGAGAGCGCAGCCCCCCUGUCUUCAGUGGACAUGUGGAACGGAAGGGACAAUAGCGGAGUAUUUAUCCAUUCAGCAGGUGUGUUGGAUGAGGGCCAGAUGGAGACAGCCCAAGAAGGUGACUCUGAGACUGCAGAGGAGCAGCAGAAAGACACAGCUGGACAGGAGCUGCAGUCACACUCAUGUAGUAAAGGACAUACUGAGGACACAGGGGGUUAUCCACUCACUCCACCUCCCAGGAUGAAGGCUGUCUCAGACACGCCAACAUUCUCUCUCAGUGGAAGCCCCUGUCCUUCUCUUGAUUGUUAUGAUGUCUCCGAAUCCUUUGUGUUUUCUGCACCGUCGGCUCCUGACACUCCUGGAUUUUCAGGGUUCGAGUUUUCUACAGAGUUGGCCCAGGAGGACAAACCCUUCUCUUUCUCAGCUUCUUGUUUCAAUCACAAGGUGGGCAGUGCAGCUUUCUCUCUGGCCAUAUUGUGUCCAUGUUUCGCUUAUUGUUGUAAUCCAUUUUCUUUAAUUUUGUUUUCAAAACAGAAAACUUCUGGGCCCAAAGCAGCAGGUUUCCUGUUUGAGCAGAUGGACUCCUGCCCAGAUCAGGAAUUCUCCUUCUCGUUCUCCAAGAGUCCAGGUGAAAGAGCUGCUGGUCCAGGGCAAGAAGGGCUUGGUGAUACAAACCCUUUCUCCUUCAGUUUUGGCAAGUUUCAGUGAAAGUGUUUGGGACAUAAGUAUCCACUUAACUGUCAAGCAUCUAAAACUGUGUGUUAACAUUAUGACGUGGUUGUUAAGGUUGGUGUGAGGUCUGUUGCCGUUGCAAGUUUGUCAGGACUGCUACUGGUGAAUUGAGUUCAGUAAGAUUGAUUUGUAUUUUCCUGAAUACUGUAAGUGUGACAGAAGGCAAUUUAAUACACCUUUAAUG